GGCUGGAAGCUGCAUGGAAGGAGGAUGAGCGGCACAUUACACAACUCUUCCUCUCCGGAAUCAUUAUCGCCCACCUCUUACUCCCCUUCAGUUACGUGGGAGUCUGGUGGGAAAAAAGUCACUCAUGGAACCAUCGUCGGACUACUCUGAUAGCAAAGAUGAGCUGUCAACAGCUCGGCUGCUCCCCGAGGAUGGCUCUUAUGACUCGGAAGCACCAAGGAAAACACAGCCAAAAUUUCUAAGUACGAUAAAAUGGAUAACGAUUCUUGUGGUUUCGAUUAUCGCUACAAAUAUAACAAGUAUAAUAACGACUUUCCAAGUGGCUCGUCGGUCUUCCGGCUGCCCGAGUGUAUCUGAACCUCCGAAUGGAGUGGCACCGUUUCUGCGCAACCUGCCAUCGGAGGCGAAGCCCACUCGAGUCAAUACGCCGUUCUAUAACAGGGAGAAUAGCACCUAUCGAGAACAUGAUUCACCCUCCACGGAAAUAGCUUGGCUGGAGUUAACUCAGAUCCAUGCUGGUAUUCUCCUAGUAUCGAAGGAGGAGGCAGGCGAUUCGGGAAUCGACCCGGAAACUCAUGCCUACUUCGACAACCCAGAAAAGGGACUUGUCGGUUAUCCGGUACUCAUUGAAGCAACACAUCAGCUUCAUUGCUUGAAUCUGCUUAGGCGAUACUCGUAUUUCAACUUCAACUACACUAGCGAAGCUGAGCAUGUGGCCCUCUCGGGGACUACAGAGUACUACCAAAGACUUCACGUCGACCACUGCGUUGAGUACCUGAGAUACCGAUUGAUGUGCACCGCGGACGUCGGGAUUGUACCAUUUGUCUGGGCGGGUAAAACGGGUCGGCUAACAGCCGACAUGGAUCGCCAGCACACAUGCAGAGACUAUGAAGCAGUUAGGCAGUUCGUCAAAGAGAAAUCCAUCCCUCGGCCGACGGAUGGCGAAGUCAAGCCUAAGCCAGGCGAUCACGUUGUAGAUGAUUACAUCUAGACGCAAUGCCAACAUUGAACAAAUUCAUUCAUUCAUACAAUGUCAAGCCCACUUUAAUGGGAUUGAGUCGCUCCCCUAUACCAUACCGGCUUGAAAUGUGAAUAUAAUAAUAGUCCUGGAGAAGAGCGUUCUUAUCGCGGUAAACGUAACUGCAUCCUAAGGAACUCAGUCAAGCCCCUCUCAAUGGACGCCGAAAGCGCCGCGAAUAUGAUCAUGUUGGUCGAAGACGGCGGCGGGCAAUACUGAACAUCCGGCAGGAUCUCCAACUCCUCAA